CUAGCACCAGACCAGUCUCUAAUCCCCGCAGACCUGUAGGAGUGGAACAGGAGUCAGAACAGGAGCUGCUUCAUCUGUGAUCAUUUGGAAUUCCCCGCUUCAGCUCUGGAGAAAAUGGGCCGCAAGGAAGUGGAUGACACCCGUUCCUGGAAGAAACCGACCAACAACAUCCGAAAAACAUUUAUCUUCAUGGAGGCACUAGGAUCAGGUGCUUUUUCAGAAGUUUUCCUAGUGAAGCAAAGGACCACUGGGAAGCUCUUUGCUCUAAAGUGCAUCAAAAAGUCCCCUGUCAUCCAGGACAGCAGCCUGGAGAAUGAAAUCGCAGUGCUGAAGAAAAUAAAGCAUGAAAACAUUGUGACCCUGGAAGACAUUUACGAAAGUGCAACCCACUUUUACCUGGUCAUGCAGCUGGUGUCUGGCGGGGAAUUAUUUGACCGAAUUUUGGAACGAGGAGUUUAUACUGAGAAAGAUGCAAGUGUAGUGAUCCGACAGGUCCUGGCAGCAGUGAAAUAUCUCCAUGAGAAUGGAAUAGUUCACCGAGAUUUAAAGCCUGAAAAUCUGCUUUACCUGACUCCUGAAGAAAACUCCAAAAUCAUGAUCACAGACUUCGGCUUGUCUAAAAUGGAGCAGAAUGGCAUCAUGUCCACCGCUUGUGGGACUCCAGGAUAUGUUGCUCCAGAGGUCCUAGCACAGAAGCCAUAUAGCAAAGCUGUAGAUUGCUGGUCUAUAGGAGUCAUUACCUAUAUCUUGCUGUGUGGAUACCCUCCCUUCUACGAAGAGACAGAAUCCAAACUGUUUGAAAAGAUUAAAGAAGGCUACUAUGAGUUUGAGUCUCCAUUUUGGGAUGAUAUCUCUGAGUCAGCCAAGGAUUUCAUCGCUCACUUACUGGAGAAGGAUCCAAAUGAGAGGUUCACCUGUGAGAGAGCCCUGAGGCACCCCUGGAUUGAUGGAAAUACAGCCCUUCACCGGGACAUAUACCCAUCUGUCAGUGCUCAGAUCCAGAAAAACUUUGCAAAGAGCAAAUGGAGGCAAGCCUUCAAUGCUGCAGCUGUUGUGCGUCACAUGAAGAAACUUCACAUGAACUGCCAUGCACAGGCUGACACGGGCCUCCCUGUCAUACAAGUGUCAGAAGUAUCCAGACUCAACAGCCCUAUGGUCACCAGCCAAGAGGUACCCACUCAAGACAAGAAGAUGCUAAUCCCCAUGUUAGCAUGUCAAAUUCCUCCCAGCCAGCUUGACCAAAACACCCGGAUGACACAGAGCAAGUCACUAGAUCACUUGGUUAAUGGGUCACUCCCAGUCGACAAGUGCUUGAUCCUGCCGGACAAUCAGAGCCCUCCAACUCUAACUUCUUGCGGUUGCAGUUCAGCCUCUGAGGGGCAUGAGAAGGUGAAGACCAUCUUCUGUUCGGAGUCAGCGCUACUUAAAAAAGCUGCCAAAAACCAUCACUUCAAAUCAGAGGUUAUCGUACCCAUGAAAACCAAUAACAAUUCAUACCGUGGCACUGGGCAAACUGGUGUGUGUUUGGUCAUGUGAUUGGCAAGUCAUCCAUUUGAGCCAACACAUCUUUAACGAAGGGCUGAUUUACUCAUUUCUGCGCUUCACAGCCAGACAGCAAUAGCACAAGCAAGAGGAGAGGAGACUAAAUCCUGGCAGAAGCAGAUGGAGAGCCAUUUUCUCAAAGGAGAGUGGCCAUUUGUUGGAGAGCUGCACACUUUUUACUCUUAAGUAAUCCUUCAGAGCAACAACCUUGAAGAGUAUCUGGCUCACUAGAACAUGGAGCAGUUGCUUUAGAGAAGGGAGGUGUAUGGGCACAAGGCUUCUGCUAGCACCUUCCAUGUAUAUGACACAUACAUCAUUGCACAAGGCUGUAUCUUGGUUCUUAAUAUAUAUUGUGGAGUUGUUCAAUGUGUAACAAAUGUACUGCACAGUAUAAUUCUUUUAAAGCAAAGCCAUAUGGUGUUUAUUUAGUCACAGGCAUCCCAGCAGUUUUUACAGUCUAUACCUCUCUGUUAAGACUUCAACAGGCUGGAGCUCAGAUGUAAGAAGUCGUCCAGUAACAAUGGCCUGUCUUGGGUGUGCAGUUUUCCUUUUAAGCUGUGAAAGGAGAGAGCCUGCUACCAUCCUCCACAUGCCUGAUGAUAAUCAAAGUGAGGUCUGAAUUCCCUGUUUCCAAGUCUGUAAUUGUGUAAUAAACACUGUGCUUAAUAAAGCUGACUUUUAUUUUGUAAAGUGA